AUGUUGACCAUUUCAAAUCAACUGGUGGGUGGCUAUAUUGGUCAAGACAUCAAGCUGGAAUGUCACACCGAAGCGUUUCCAACUUCCAUAAACUUUUGGACGACUGAAAAGGGCGACAUGAUCGUCUCGGGAGAAAAAUAUGAGGCCAUAUCCACGGACAGCGGAUACAACAAGUACAUGAUCCUGAAGAUUAGGAAAUUGUCGCCACAAGAUUUCGGAUCAUACAAAUGCGUGGCAAAGAAUUCACUUGGCGAAACCGACGGAUUCAUCAAACUAGACCAAAUCGCAGUGCCGUCGAGACCCAUGGCGAUUACUGAAGAACCAGACGACGAUAGCAAAGAUUACGACGAUGGCAACAACGAUGGUGGUAACGGUGGUCCAUCGGAAACCGUUUUCAACUCGUUGCCGACUGACAACAGUUCUCUCAACUCGGACGCGGUCCGGUGGUCGCACGACCGCGUCUUCGGUUGGCUCUCGUCGGUCGGAUGCUGUUGGAUGGCAUCCACCUUGGUGUUCGGUCGGUGA